AUGGCGGCCUCAGUUCCGGCAGAUCUUCGUAAUCUACGCGCGUGCCUUCUGUGCUCGCUCAUCAAAUCCGUCGACAAUUUCGUGAAAGAGGGCUGCGAGAACUGUCAGGAGCUUCAUUUGAAAGGCGACGAGGAGAAGGUUUACGAUUGCACCAGGUGAGGGGAAUUGAUAAUACAUAUUGGCAAUUUUUUAAUUCCCAUUUCAGUGCGAACUACGACGGAAUGAUCUCGGCGAUGAGCAACGACGAGUCGUGGGUGUGCAAAUGGCAGAAGAUGACGCGGAAAGUGAAGGGAAUGUACGCGAUCAGCGUGUCGGGAAGCCUGCCGAGCAACGUGGUCAGCGACCUCAAAAGCAUGGGAAUCCGAUACAAGCCCAGCCAGCGAGACUACUCGAUUCAGGCGAAAAAGUAA